CGCGGGGCGGAGGCGGGAGGCGAGCGGAGCUGCGCUUGGAAGCGCUCGGCCGGGGGUGGCUGCUGCGGUGGCGGUGGCUGCGGGUCCCUCCUCUCUCCAUCCCUCACUCUCCGCCCCGGCGGCGGGAUGGGCUGGGCUGGGGGCUCCCCCUGCUGCUGCCCCCCGCGCUCCCGCCCCUCAGGACGGCCCCCCAAGCCUGGGAAGGCUGAGCCACACAGUUUUAGGGAGAAGGUUUUCCGGAAGAAGCCACCAGCCUGUACUGCCUGUAAGGUGACAAUUGAUGGAACCGGGCUGGUAUGCCGAGUUUGCAAAGCGGCAGCACAUCAGAAAUGUGAGGCCAAGGUGACCACAGCGUGCCAGGCCCUGCCUCCUGUGGAGCUGAGGAGAAACACUGCACCAGUCAGACGCAUCGAGCACCUGGGAUCCACCAAGUCUUUGAAUCAUUCCAAGCAGCGGAGCACCUUGCCCAGGAGUUUUAGCCUGGACCCACUCAUGGAGCGCCGCUGGGACCUGGAUCUGACCUAUGUGACUGAGAGAAUCCUGGCGGCCGCCUUCCCAGGGAGGUUCGAUGAACAGAGACACCGAGGCCACCUUCGGGAACUGGCACACGUGCUACAGUCCAAGCACCGGGACAACUACUUGCUCUUCAACCUGUCAGAGAAACGGCAUGACCUGAACCGCCUGAACCCCAAGGUCCAGGACUUCGGCUGGCCUGACUUACACGCACCCCCCCUGGACAAGCUCUGCUCCAUUUGCAAGGCUAUGGAAAACUGGCUUAGCUCCAGCCCCCAGCAUGUGGUGGUUCUCUACUGCAAGGGAAACAAGGCCAAGCUGGGUGUCAUUGUGGCAGCCUACAUGCAUUACAGCAAGAUCUCGGCCAGUGAAGACCAGGCUUUGGCCACUCUCACCAUGCGAAAGUUCUGUGAAGACAAAGUGGCCUCUGAGUUCCAGCCCUCCCAGAGAAGGUACAUCAGCUACUUCAGCGGUCUCCUGUCUGGCUCCAUCAGAAUGAAUAGCAGCCCCCUAUUUCUCCACCAUGUGCUCAUGCCAGUCCUGCCUGCCUUUGAGCCAGGAACAGGCUAUCAACCAUUCCUCAAGAUCUAUCAGUCCAUGCAACUCGUCUAUACGUCUGGAGUCUAUCACAUCUCAAACCCAGGGCCCCAGCAGCUUUGCAUCAGCCUGGAGCCCGCACUUCUCCUCAAAGGUGAUGUCCUGGUGACAUGUUAUCAUAAGGGGGGCCGGGAGUCAGAGCGGACCCUUGUGUUCCGGGUUCAGUUCCACACAUGUACCAUUCAUGGACCCCACCUUACCUUCUCCAAGGACCAGCUGGAUGAGGCCUGGACUGAUGAGAGAUUCCCCUUCCAAGCCUCAGUGGAAUUUGUCUUCUCCUCUGGCCCUGAGAAAAUAAAAGGUCGGGAACCUCCACGAAAUGAUGCAUCUGUUUCUGUUGACUACAACACCACAGACUCAGCUGUUCGCUGGGAUUCCUAUGAGAACUUUAACCAGCACCAUGAGGACAGUGGGGAUGGUUCCCCACCCCAUACGCGGGGACCUCUGGAUGGCAGCCCUUAUGCCCAGGUACGGCGGGCCCCCCGGCCUUCCCCGCCAAGGCCCUCCCCAGAACACCCCCCACCUCCACUCCUCUCUGUCAGCAGUGACUCAGGCCAUUCUUCCACCUUGACUGCAGAGCCCCCAGCUGACUCCCCCACUCGACCUCCUCCUACUCCUGCAGAGCGUCAGGAGCUGGAGCGACUUCUGGGAGGCUGUGGAAUAGGUGGGGUGGGCCAGGGAGUGGGCCGGGAGACUGCCAUUUUGGAUGAAGAGGACCAGCUGCUCCCUGGGAGUGGUGCCCCGCUUGGAGUCUACCAGAGCCAGAGGCCCGUCCUGAGCCGACACUGUUCCUGUCGCCAUGGCUAUAGAGAGCCCUGUGGGGCUCCCAAUGGAGGUGGCUACUACAGGCCAGAGGGGACCUUGGAAAGAAGGCGGCUGGCCUAUGGGGGUUAUGAGGCCCUCCCUCAGGGCUAUGGGGAGGUCCCCCUGGAGAAAAGACAGCUCUGCCGAUCCCUAUCUGAGGGACCAUAUCCUUACCCACCAAAGCUGGGCAAACAGGCCAAUGGGGAAUUUAGCUACCGUCUUCCUGGCUACCGAGAUGUAGUGAUCUUGGAGGAUGGGGGUCUGCCCACUUUGUGCCCAUGCCCAGCCUGUGAAGAGAAACUGGCACUGCCCACAGCUGCCCUCUAUGGCCUACGACUGGAGAGGGAGGCAGGUGAGGGGUGGACGGGAGAGCCAGGGAAGCCCUUACUACACCCUCUACGGACCAGGCACCCAGUACCACUGCUAAUGCCUACUUAUGGACACCACCAUGCUACAGUGCCUGACUACAAUUGUCUGAAGCAGCCUAAGGCCGGAGAGGAUGGUCACGAGGGGUACCCCUAUGCUCUCUGCCCUGAAGGAAGGUACGGGCACCCAGGGUACCCUACCCUGGUGGCAUACAGCAGUGGGGGAGCGAUGCCCGGGUACUGCCCCGCGUAUGGGCGGUCAGCCCGGGGUUAUGUGUCACCCAGUGAGAGCAGAGGGUAUCCCAGCCCUGGAGUCCACUCUCCCUGUCCUGGCUCCAUCUUGCCAGGAAACCCCUCCUACCCACCAUCCAGCAAGCUGAGUUACGAGAUACCUCCUGAGGAGGGAGGGGAUGGGUACCCAUUGCCGGGGCACCUGGCUCAGACAGGCAGCUUGGCACCUACAGAUUCACCAGAACCAGGCUUAUGGCAGGAGGGCCCCAGUGGGCAUAUUCCCAUUCCCCGGCCAACCCUAAAUGCGCAGGGUAUAGAGAGUGCCCCAUCGGAUCUGUCUGGCUCCCCCACUCCUCUUCAUACCAGCAGCCCAGUCCAGGGCAAGGAAAGCCCUCAGAAUCGAGAAAGUCGAUCCCCUAGUCUGGUACCUGCCUUGAGACUGAAUCCAGAAGUAGCUCUCUCUGCUCCCCAGGGGAGCAUUGAAAAGACUCCAGAUCUGCCUUCAACGAGCGGGACUGAUCCCCCGCCCUCUGGCCCUUUCCAUUCGGCCUCUCCUUCCAGCUCCCCCAGGGACUGGCCUCAGGAGAGGAGCCCGGGCGUGUACUCUGGCAGUGCCAAUCCCCGGGCCCCAGUGCCUACCACGCUGCCUGGCCUCCAUCAUGCCACCUGGCAGGGUCCUCGUGGUCCCUCGGACAGUCCGGAUGGAUCGCCCCUCACACCUGUGCCUGCCCCCGAGCCCCCACAAAGCUCACCCACACCUGCCUUUCCUCUGGCCGCCUCCUAUGAUUCCAGUGGUGCUGCCCAGCCCCCGUCACCUGAGAAACGGCACCCCCCAGCAGCUGGGCAGCAGGAGGGCCGAGUGUGGGGUGGGGAGCGCACAUCUCCGCCAGGCAGAGGGAACAGUCAUCGCGUCACCUUUGCUCCCCUGCUUCCGGAUGAUGCCCCCGGUUCUGCAGAGCCCCCUUCCCAAGAGAGCCAGAGCAAUGUCAAGUUUGUACAGGACACAUCCAAGUUCUGGUAUAAACCACACCUGUCAAGAGACCAAGCCAUCUCCCUGCUGAAGGACAAGGAGCCUGGUGCAUUUCUGAUACGAGACAGUCAUUCCUUCCAAGGGGCAUAUGGGCUGGCACUCAAAGUGGCUACACCUCCACCCAGCGCCCAGGCCUGGAAAGGUGACCCCUUGGAACAGCUGGUCCGUCAUUUCCUCAUCGAGACAGGACCCAAAGGGGUGAAAAUCAAGGGAUGCCCCAGUGAACCCCACUUUGGCAGCCUGUCGGCUCUGGUCUCCCAACAUUCUAUUGCCCCCAUCUCCCUUCCCUGCUGCCUCCGAAUCCCCAGUAAAGAUCCCCUGGACAAGACCCCUGAGGUUUCAGUGCACACCAACAUGAGCACAGCAUCAGACCUCCUGCGGCAGGGAGCAGCCUGCAGUGUAUUGUAUCUGACCUCCGUGGAGACAGAGUCCCUGACCGGCCCCCAGGCUGUGGCCCGGGCCAGUUCCGCUGCUCUGAGCUGCAGCCCCAACCCAACUCCAGUCACCGUCCACUUCAAGGUCUCAGCCCAAGGCAUCACCCUGACGGAUAACCAACGGAAGCUCUUCUUCAGGCGACAUUACCCAGUGAACAGCAUCACCUUCUGUAGCAUAGACCCACAGGACAGAAGAUGGACCAACACUGAUGGAACCACCACUAAGAUCUUUGGUUUUGUGGCCAGGAAGCCGGGCAGCCCCUGGGAAAACGUAUGUCAUCUCUUUUCGGAGCUUGAUCCCGACCAGCCAGCUGUUGCCAUUGUCACUUUCAUCACCAAAGUUCUGCUGGGUCAGAGAAAGUGAAGAGGGGGUGAAGGCGACCACACCCAUAUUAACUGUGCCCUUCCUCUCCCAGCCCCCCCCACUGACCUUUCCCCUCACAUGGAUUAAGGAAAAAGCAGCCCUUGCCCCCAAGCACAAGCAAGGGGCUUCCUGUGACACUCCCCACUCCCUACCCCCACCGCCACCCCCAGCCUGCCACACAGACCAGAUGAGCAUAGGAGAUGGCAACUGUAGGUGAGCAGAGGGGAAGGGGAUAGCUCGGGUGCAGCAGGGGUGGUGUCAGAAGGUAGGCCACAGAGGGGUCCGGGAUGGCCCUGCCCGAGAGGACCCAGGUCUGGGAGGGGCUGCAGCACUGCCAGCUCCCCCCCAGCUGCAGGCCAGAGCGGAGUCAAAGGGAGAGAGGGAAGGGGGGAGGACUGUGCCCCUCCUCCUGCUUCCUCCCACUAAACAGAGAGAGAGAGAGAGCAGGAUGGGAUUAUAUGAAGAAAAAAAAAAGAAAAAGAGUCUAUUUUUGUCUAAUAAAGAAUUUCUAUGAGCUUUA